GCCACCAAUUGUGCAAAGCGGAAAAUAAUCAUUUCUGGACAUAUUCUCACAAUGGCCGUGCCUUCAAGAUUUGUAGCUCCAAUGCGACGAGCAUCGGCUGUUGCUCGCCUCUCGUCACCUCUGCGACAUUGCAGACCUGGAUUCCAGGCUCGAUGGACCGGAAAUACGUCAGCGACAUCAGAACCUCACCAACAAGACGCCAAAGGCACAGUGAAGGGAGGUGCAGCACCUGCGAAGACUGUUAAAUUUACUUCAGACUCUUACCCUGAAAUUCAAAGAGAUUCGAAAUUCGCUAAGAUCACCCAAGAGCAUGUUGAUCACUUCAAAGGAAUCCUAGGAUCAGAAUCUGCUGUGAUCGAUGGCGUGUCACAGGAUGCUACUGAUGAUAUUGAACCCUUCAACAGCGACUGGAUGCGUAAAUUUCGUGGACAUGCCAAGCUUGUCCUCAAGCCCUCGACUACGGAAGAGGUCAGCAAAAUCUUGAAAUAUUGCAAUGACAACAUGCUUGCUGUUGUGCCCCAAGGUGGAAACACCGGUCUUGUUGGAGGCUCAGUUCCUGUUUUUGAUGAGAUCGUCAUCAACCUUUCCAAAAUGAACCAAAUCAGGUCCUUCGACGAGGUUUCUGGCAUCCUUGUCGCUGAUGCUGGUGUUAUCCUGGAGGUUGCCGACAAUUUCCUUGCCGAAAAGGGAAGCAUUUUCCCCUUGGAUCUUGGUGCUAAGGGUUCUUGCCAGAUUGGAGGCAAUGUCGCGACCAACGCUGGUGGUCUUCGCUUGCUUCGUUAUGGCAGUCUUCACGGAAAUGUCCUAGGCAUUGAAGCAGUUUUACCUGACGGAACGAUUGUUGAUGAUCUUUCCAAGCUCAGGAAAAACAACACUGGAUACGAUCUUAAGCAUCUGUUCAUCGGCGGAGAAGGCACGAUUGGAAUCAUUACGGGUAUCUCUAUCAUCUGCCCACAGAGGUCACCCGCUGUCAACGUCGCCUACUUCGGUCUGGAGAGUUUUGAACAAGCUCAGAAGGCAUUCACAGAAGCUAAGAGCCAUCUUUCUGAGAUUCUCUCAGCUUUUGAGAUGAUGGACGGGCGCACCCAGAAGAUCAUCCAGAAGGUAGCUGGCACAAAACUGCCACUGGAAGGCGACUAUCCUUUCUACUGCCUAAUCGAAACCAGCGGAUCAAACGCUGAUCACGAUAGCGAGAAAUUGCAAAAUUUCCUUGAACACGUCAUGGAAACCGAAAUCGUACAAGACGGUGUUCUUGCGCAGGAUCAGACGCAGAUCCAAGAGCUUUGGGCAUGCAGAGAAGGCAUUACUGAGUGUCUCGGCCAUUGGGGCGGCGUCUACAAGUACGAUCUCUCGAUACCUAUUUCACGCAUGUACGAUUUGGUCAAUGAUGUGCGAGACCGCUUCACCGAGGCAGGCCUCCUUGGUGAUGACGAGUCGUUCCCUGUCGUUGAUGUCGUAGGUUAUGGACACAUGGGUGAUUCCAACCUUCAUCUCAACGUGCCCGUGCGAAGGUUUGACAAGAAGGUCGAGAAGAUGAUAGAGCCGUACGUGUACGAGUGGGUUGCAAACGAAAAGGGCAGCAUCAGUGCGGAACACGGAUUGGGUGUUACGAAGCGCCCUUAUGUUGGAUACAGCAAGAGCGAAACUAUGAUCAGGCUCAUGAAGCAGAUCAAGGACUCGUUCGACCCUAACGGAAUCAUGAACCCAUACAAAUAUCUAUAGUCCUUCCCACCAAGCAGGAAACAUAUACAGAAAAUAUAGUUGGAGAAACUACGUUGAUUAGUUGUAAAUUACCCGGUACGCGUCCAAAAGUCGCUACCAACACAUAUUUCUAUCAUCUUCAAGAGCCUAUCUU